GCAGGAAAGUCGUACCUAGUUCACGAUUUCUCGACGUUUAUUCAGAAUCGUUUACAAACUCACUAACUUCAUAUUUCAUAAAAAAUGGCCCUCAUCUCCGUUUCUGCCCUCCUUAUUUGUUUCGUAGCAUUUCCGGGCACGACUCCGAUAACCGUUACGAUCACGAGAGAUCAAGGAUUUACUGGUGACCGAUGGGUGUACGACCCCCUCGAGUAUAAAUGCACCACGGCCCCAUGGGUGAAUGGGAUCACGUGUCUUGGUCACAGUGAAUGCGUCGUUGCCUGCCCCUCGCCCAACUGUCGCGUGGAAGGGGACAGACAAUGCAUCGUUUUCGAUGGGGCGAACAACCACGACUUUUCACGCGAAGUGUUUGGAAAUUUUAACGAUUAUUUUAACUCGCUUACGUCCUGUCAAUGGUGGAACGACCAGUUUAAAAGUAAGCCGCGGAAUGCGAGCUUAUCUGAUAGUGCAGAUAUCGCGUAAUGAUAAGUACA